AUGCGCAGUGAACGUGCGCAUACCACAAACAGACAAACUCCACGGACCAAAAUCCGUCCUAAUUGUUCAAUAAACUCGGCGGGGAGGCUCGCUUUUUUAAUUUUGGUAAGUGACAUCUUGGCUCUACGGCACCUUAUCAGUGAACGUAAGUUGAUUAAACUAGAUAUGUUUUUAUAUGACAAUUUUUCAAACCAAGAUUUCGAAUGUUGCAUAGGUUAG